CGAUAUAUUACUAUAACCCAAUAUUUUUCUUGUGUUGGUUGGCUAUGGAGGUGCAAGAUAGAUAACAUAUACGUCCGCCGUCCGCCGUUCCAUAGUUUUGACUUAUAUACAGUAUAAUACGCGUCUGUGCGUGCGCGAUCGACUCUACUCAGCAUAAGUUUUUGUUUUGCGCGCGCGUGUUUGUGUGCGUGUGCGUCUAUGGGUGUGUGUGUGUGUGUUUUUCUCAUCAAAACGUCUAUUGAUCUAUGAGGCGAAGGCAAUCAUCGUAGUCGUCAUUCGACAGCGGCGACAGGUGUUCCCUCAAACGACGGUGAUUUCCAUCUCGUUUACUGUUUAGUGUUAGAUCGUUGUUGUGGUAUCUGUUGAUUUGCAUAUAACCGAUGAUUAGUGGAUUACCGUUCGCUGAUUGAAAAUUUGUCGAACAUUCGUUCGUUGCUGAACUGCUACAGUAAAGUAGCAUGGUGGCUUGGACGGUAGCGAACAAUUACGACAUUCCCGGUGGUGUCUAAUUUGAACUUUUGCGAUGUCAGUAGUGUGCCCGACAUUGUUGAAUCUCGUAGGAUCUCGUGUCAUACGUGGUCCCAGCUGGAAAUGGAACAAACAGGAUGGAGGAGAAGGCUUUUUAGGAACAGUCAGGAGUUUUGAAUCUCAUGAAGAAGUUGUUGUAGUCUGGGACAAUGGAAUAGCAGCCAAUUACAGAUGUUCCGGUCAAUAUGAUUUGCGUGUUUACGACAGUGGACCAACCGGACAUAGUAAACAUGAAGGAGUUGUUUGCAAUUCAUGUAAACAGUCACCUAUCAUUGGACAUCGUUGGAAAUGCAUGAACUGUCCUGGAAAUGAGGUUUCAAGUGAUAGUUCUGUCGAUUUGUGCUUUAUGUGUUAUCAUAGUGAUAAACACAAUGUUCGACAUAGGUUUAUAUUGAUCCAACAGCCUGUGCCAAAAGAAUUAUUAAAAGACCCCCGUAGUCUUGGUGAAAAUCCAGUUAUAUUAGACCAAAGGAAAAAAUCUAAAAAAAUAACAUUGCGUGGUAUAUUCCCUGGUUCACGGGUUGUGCGUGGUGUUGACUGGCAAUGGGAUGAUCAAGAUGGAGGAUCUGUUAACCAAAGGGGUUUGAACAAUGCUGUUUCACAAACAAUUGUUAAACGUGGUAAAGUGUGUGAAAUUCAAGACUGGUCUGCUGUAACGGGUAGUGUUCGCUCAGCCGCCUAUGUCCAAUGGGAUAUUAAUGGUAAUACAGCUGGGUGCGUCAAGAACUUGUAUCGUGUUGGAUUUGAAGGAAUGUCUGACUUGAAAUGUGUAUCUCCAUCUAAAGGAUCAACAACUGUAUAUCGAGACCAUCUGCCAUUGUUAGGCCAACACCAGCACCAACAGCGGAAUGACCAGCAUAAGCCAGGAGUGUUAAGUUUAAAUCAUCUACACAAUCAUCUACAAUAUCAACAAUUAGAGAUCGGUGAUAGGGUAAGAGUGGAUUUGGAAUUGGACGUUGUACGAGCUAUGCAACAAGAUCAUGGAGGCUGGACAGAUGGCAUGUAUGAUGAAUGUUUGGGAGGCGGAGUUCUAGAAAAUGCUUCUAUUGGGUCAGUGGUUGGUAUUGAUGAAGAUCAUGACGUUGUUGUUUUAUAUCCAAGUGGCAACAGGUGGACGUUUAAUGCGGCUGUACUUACAAAAGUGGCAGGACUUGGUGAUCCAGUGGCAGGCAGUUCAAAUUCAGCUGAAAGUACAUCACAUGAUGGACAGAUUAUUAGAGUAGGAUCAACUGUAAAGAUUUCUAAUGAUGUGGAAUAUGUGCGUCGUUUGCAAAAAGGCCACGGUGAAUGGGCUGAUGCUAUGUCUAUGACUUUGGGUGAAAUUGGCUAUGUGCAACAAGUAUAUGAUGAUGGUGAUCUCAAGAUAGUUGUAUGCAAUACAUCUUGGACUUAUAAUCCACGAGCAGUUACCCUACUAAGUACAAAUAAUAAUGGAGCGGAAGGGAAUCGGGACGAAACUCAAAACGAUAGACGGCUUAGAUUAGCUCGUGAAAGGGAUGUAAUAGGACGUGAGCUGGUGACAUCGGCAGCCAAUGGUGAUGCCCAAAAUUGUCGUAGAAUUUUGGAGAAAGAAAGACAAAUUAAAAUGAGUCAAAUGAACCAAAAACCAUCUGAAGAGCCGAUGACAGUUAGUUAUGUUCUCACGCCAAGACAAGCUGCAAUGUGUUGUAAUUACACACGUCCACCCACUGCUGAGGAGUUGAUACUGACAAAUUUUGUGAGUAGUGGCCAUACGUCUCUGCAGGCUGCUGCUCAAAACGGCCAUGUCAAUGUUUGCCGGGUGUUAAUAGGAGAGUUUAACGCUGAUGUUGAAUUUCAGGAUAAAGAUGGUGAUCGUGCUAUUCAUCAUGCUGCAUUUGGCAACCAGCCACAAGUGGUGCAUGUACUGUGUGCUGCUUUUGAUGCUGAUAUAAAUGCGCGCAAUAAACGAGGACAAACUGCUCUGCACAUUGCUGUUAAUCGUGGGUAUGCUGAUGUAUGCCGUAUCCUGUUACGUCUCAAUUGCUUACCAAACUUGCAGGACAACGAGGGUGAUACACCACUACAUGAUGCCAUAUCCCGUAGACGAGAUGAUAUCGUAGCCAUGUUAAUGGAAGGAGGAGGUGGAAGCAUUGUCACUAGUAAUAUACCUUCGAGUGCUGUUGCUGCCAAUGUUUUGAGUGGAUGCGAACGUGCAUACGACCGCUUACCGCCUGUGCCAGUGUCUAUAGGGCGAGCUAUGACAAGUUCUGCCUUGAGGGAUAAUUCAAAUGUAUCAGAUACUGUCUUAACAACCAAUGUUGCUGCCAAUGCUUGUGCAACACUUAAGGACGAUAAUGUUGCAAAUGCUGCUAUAACCGAAGUGCAAAACGAAAAAAGUGGAUCUUCUGUAAUUAGUAAUCAAGAAGAGGGUGCUGCUGGAUGUUCUACUGCCACUGCAUGCUCUUCUGCCAUUGCAUGUUCUUCUGGGGAAACUGCAAAAUCCAUAGAAACAAGUGAAAAUGCUGUAGCAGCAGUUGAAAAUCAAGUUACUACUGCUACAGAACUCGGAUUUCCUGCUAUAGGAUCACCAUCAGCUGAUCUCAUGGUAGUUAACACAAAUGGUUUCAACCCGUUGCAACAUGCAGCACUACGUGGUAAUCCAGGAGCUACAGCUAUUAUGUUGGACUGGAUCGCCACAAACGGCGGCCGCGGCAACAACGCUGCCGGCCAUCGCUAUUGGGUCGUGGAUGAGCCCAAAGACGACGGAUACACCGCCUUACAUUUGGCUGCUCUUAACAAUCACCACCGUGUUGCGUCGUUACUGCUAGUUCGUGGCCGAGCCGACCCAAAUAAACGAAAUGUUAAUAAACAGUCAGCCCUUCACUUGGCUGUGGAACGUCAGCAUGCAGAUAUCGUCAAGCUGCUUGUUAAUCAUGGCGCUGACCCAAACAUCCCUGACAAGGACGGCGACACACCUAUGCAUGAAGCUUUGCGCCAUCACACGUUACUGCAGCUUAAGACAGUCGGUACACCACCCGCACCUGGAGUGGGCUUGGGAAACAGUCCUAGGGAUCCCAACACUAAGUUCCGGUCAGACGGCGGCGGUGGCAUGUCGUUACGCAACCUUCUCGCCGGUAACAGGGUCAUACGCGACUACCGGGAACUAUCAGACGACAACGAAAACGUUUAUUCAACAGUCAGCCGUACCGUUACUAGUCAACCAUGUCCCGUUGAACAGGCGACGGAACUUUGGGCGGCAAAAGGUCCUGCGUACUUAGAAAUGUUUGCUUCACCGGUGUCCGCGGUGCAGAGAUUGAUGGCCGAGUUACUUGGAGCGGCCGAAGAGUUUAGACGUUUACGCAUAAGUGCCGUUGGCGUAGAUUCUGAUGAAGAGACAAAGAGCGAUGUUACUACAACAGCUACUCCGCCUGUUCUGAACAACAAGCCAAUUCCAAUCAAAAAUAAUAAAUCGAAAAAAGUGAUCAACCGUCGUCGGAUAAAGAAAUCUCCAGUGCGUACUAUACGUCAGCAGACCGUCGACGAUCAAACCGGUCCUCGGUUAGCCGGAGAGGCACGUGCCGCUGCCUUGGCAGCUGCCAUGGCGAUUUCCGGUUCCAGAAGUCGGGAUCUUGGAGAACGACCCAUACGUGAACCGGGUCCAAGUUCUGAUCAACAAGUAGCUGGAGAAGGGCGCAUUCAGACUGCGGUUUCUGGACCAGGUAGCCGAGAUAUUUUCGGACGGCCCACGCGUGGUCCGGUAUCCCGGUCUGCACCUGCUUCCCCAAUCAAUGGAAACGUGAUUCCGCCACCACCAAAUGCUACCGUAGUUGUUUGCGUGCUCGCUGGCACAGGUCGCGCUGAUCUAUGGUUGCGCAACAACCGAGGACAAACGCCUUUGGAUCUUUGCCCGGCUGACGAGCCUUUGCGCUGCGCUCUGAUAAAGUGCUGUGCUGCUGCUGCUCAUGCUCGCAUAGCUCAAGCUGAAAACACGACCACCGCCACUGUAGGAGAAACCAAUGGUGGUUCCAGUGCACCGACUCUCUCAGAAGAAUGGCCUCAGAAAUCCCAAUUGACGCUUAACAACAUGCCCCCUGACUACUCAAUUAAAGCGCCAUAUCACGAUGCGUACGCUCCAUUGCUAUCGAGAGAACCAGACCCCCCAAAAGAAUGCACCAAGACAUUUGCGACUCGAAGUGACUCUGAAUUCCUCAAACUAUCGUCAUCAGUGGCAAAUCGUUUUUUGGGCAUCGGUCUCCCUCCUCCGGCGCCUGGUAUGAUGAUGUUAGAAGAUAAUACCCCAGCGGUACUUUUGGAUGGGCCCUCGACCUCCAGAGCCACUAUGCCAAUGGGUGGCAUGACUGGCGAAAGAGUGGAUAACAACUUAACAAGAGAGGCAAAUGAUUAUGUCGACAACAAUGACUUGGAACCAGAUUUUAUGGAUGACGACAGCAUUUUAAGCAUCACUACCAAUGGUAGUGGAAGUAUAGUGAUUGAGAACCAUAGUAAUAACAGUAGAGAACCUGCUACACGCAAUCAGUUGGAUAUAGCCGCUGGUGGAAGCAACAAUAGCAAACCUUCCACUUCAUGUGAUCUGUCGGUUAUAAAUAAUACUAUGUCCCGGUCUCGAGACAAGCGGACUAACGAGCUAGAACAGAAGCAGAAUAACAUUACGAACGCACAAGUACAAGAAGAACGGCAAAACUCUCCCAUGGAUGUGGCAGCGGCAAACCCACCUAAUGUUCAGGAGCCAGGACUAGUUGAAAAGCUCAUGCAGCAGUUGAGUGAUCUCAAGGAAAUGAAUAUGUGCCCCGUGUGCUUGGAUAGAUUAAAGAAUAUGGUGUUUAUGUGCGGACAUGGAACUUGUCAACUGUGUGGUGAUCGCAUGGCCCCUGGCCAACCAUGUCCUAUUUGCCGUAAACCAGUUGCACACAAGAUAUUAUUAUACUAGACUCAGACAACAGAAUCAACAAUAAUGAUAUGAAUUGAUCUUUUAGACAUAGUACCAUUUAUUUUAAAUUCAUAUUAUACUUUCACUAGAUAUGAUAAGAUUUUGGAGAUAUCAUAUUAGUGUAUUCUAUCAAUUCAUAAUUAAUUCUUCAAUUAUUAUUAUUUUUUUUUUUAUCGAAUUUAUUUUAUUCUUAUUUCAUUAUUUACUCUUUACUGUAAACUUAAUAUGCACUUUGAUUUCUCCAACUAACCCAGAGCCAUUAUUAAACAUGUGCAAUAGUAUUAGUAUUAUUAUUGUAUGACUAAUGCACAUGUUUUUUUAUGAUGUUUUUUCUCAGUCUUACAUAAAUUAUAGAUUAAAUAUACUUUACAAAAUAGUAAUGAAUACUGUUUUAAAGUUAUUAUUAAAUCCAAAAGAUUAAUAAUUAUUUUAAUAUAUUAUAUUUUUUAUAGUUUGUCCAAUAUUUACUUUUAAUUUACAAUUAUACUAUUUUAUAAAAUCUGGUUGUAUGGCCAAUCAAUUAAAUGUUUAACAUCAUUAACAUUUAAUCAUAUUAGUUUAGUUGAAUAGUAUUUAUUUUUUAGUAUUAAUUUGCUGUAAUUGUUUGUAGUCGACAAAAUAUGGUAUACACAAUAAUAUUAUUAGUUCAUAAUUAUUUAAUUUUAGUUAUGUAUUACUGGUUUAGUUAACUAGCAUUUAUUUUUAAUAUUAAUUUAUAUUAGUUAUAAUAGUUAAUAGUAUUUGACAAAAAUAAAACUCUCAAUUAUUAUUAUUAUUUAUAGUAAACAAUUUUUAUUUUCUAUUAUAAUAGGUAAACUUUAUCAUGAUUUACUAUUAUUAUUAUUAUUAUUAUUUAUUAUAAUAUAUCACUACUACUCAGUUCAAAUAAAAUAUAUUUAUAAUAUUAAUCUUAGAUGUUUAGUAAUUAUUAUUAAUAUUAGUAUUAGUAUUCAAUUAUAAUACAUGAUAAACAGUAGUAUGUAGUAUGUGUGCUAUACUAGUAAUAUAGUUAUGGUAUGCACCACCAAAUGUAGAAGUAUUAGUUAAAUUAUAAUCACUCAUUUAAAAUUUAAAUUAUAUUAUUCAAUAGAAUUUAUUCCAAUUUCAUUAUAAUGGUAGUUUAUAGUUUAUAUAUAACAAAAAUUAACAUCUAUGUAUCAUUUUUUUUUUUUUGAAAGUACAAAAAAUUGAUUGUGUACUAAAAUUUUUUUUUUAUUUUUUAGUCAAGUUUAUUAUUAAUCAUUAUACUUAAUAUUAUAUCAUUAUAUUCAGUUUUAGUAAUUCUUUUACAUGAUUGUUUUCAAUAUUUUUUACUAAUAUUUAUAGUUUAGUUAAUUAUUAUUAUACUUAAAUAUUUAUAGUUUACAAUACUCUUAUUCAUGGGCGUAGCUAGAAUUUUAAUCAGGAGGGGCAGUGGCAUAGCCAAUUUUAAAUCAUUAAAACUCAACUUAUAAGGUGUAAGAAAUAUAAUUUAGUUUGAAAUGCAAGGAGAGGGCACUUGCCCCCCCCCCUGACCUACCCUCGCUACGCCCAUGCUCUUAUUCAAAAUUUUAUAAUAAAUAUUAUACAUUAAUCUAAAAAUAUAUACCUUUAAUCACUUAA